AUGCAAAGCACCAGAGGCGGUUUUUCUGCAUUCGUGCGAACGGGCAAGUGAUCCAGAAGAGGCAGAUUUUCGUUGGAGGGGUCUGGGGUUGCGCGCCAUCGGGGUGCAAAGCUAGGAAAGGAAGGAAGCGAGUCAGACAACCAGCCGAGAGCCGACAGCAAAACAACAGCGACCUCCCCCCCCCAAGGAUUUGCCUUUCAUCUGAUCCUUUGGGGGGGGGCUGGAAUCGCUCCUUUCCACCGAAAGGAAUCGAUUCUCGACAAUCAUGUUACAUACCAAAGUCAAAACAGAAAAACCAGAUCUUGAGACAGCCAAUGCCCGAAACCGUCUUGAUGCCGUCCUACAGUGUCUGCUGGAGAAAAAUGAUGUUGAUAGGGAACAAAUGGAAGAGGACCCUGGAAAGACGUCAUCAGAUAUACUCAGCAAGGACCCUUCUCCUAUUGCUACAGGAAAGAGGCCUUCUACCCGAUUCUCCCAUCAUCGCCGCAAAAAGAGGAAGGAGAUGGACGAUGGACUCACGGAAGGAGGACCACAAAAGCAGAACACCUACAUCAUCAAGCUGUUUGAUCGAAGUGUAGACCUGGCUCAAUUUUCUGAGAACACCCCACUUUAUCCCAUCUGCCGAGCUUGGAUGCGGAAUAGUCCCAUGGUGCGGGAACAGGAACGAUCUCCCAGCCCACGUCUGCCUACCCUGCUUGAAGAUGAAGAGGGUGAUGAAGUUUUAAAUGGAAAGAUCCAGGAUGUCUACAAACUUCCACCACCUAUUCCUUGCCAGACAAAUCCUGCAGGGGAACCAGUUAACCUACGUAUCCCAUUCCCACCAGCAUCUGAAGAGGAAACAAAAGUAGCUGCUGAAACGACUUCUGAAUCGGUCCCUUCAAUGUCCACCCUCAUCUACAAGAACAUGGAGAGAUGGAAGAAGAUCCGACAAAGGUGGAAAGAAGCUUCUCAGAAGAAUCAAUUGCGCUAUGCGGAGAGCAUGAAGAUCCUUAAGGAGAUGUAUGAACGGCAAUGAAGAGUGAGGGGCUCUGGUCUUCCUGGAAUCCCUUGCCUUCUGGGCUAACGUGACUGCUUCCGAGUUUGUCUAUCAAUAAAUGCAGCUUUUGUUUGCAGUAUGUGAGCUUGUAGAUUUUGUGAGGCUUCACUUCACAAGAAGACAUAUCAGGACCCCUAUAAAUUUAUGCAUUAUGCAUGCUACUAUGCAUGCCUUUACCAACUUAGUUAUCCAUGAUUAGCUAAGCUGUGACCUUGGUUCACACAACACAUUCAACCAUAAGUUAAUGACACUGGCUAGAUUCCUGCUGCCAGAAGCUGACCCACCAGACCUCAACCAGUAUAUUGUGCAAACACAAUUCACAUGGUUAGUUAAUGAUUCAGUGAGUAGAAAAUUUAGUUAUUCGAGCUAGCCAUAGGGAAAUAUAUUAUGCAUACAUGGUCAUAGAUGGCUACUUCUGAACUACCAUGUAGCUUGGACCUCAUCCAAUACAGUUUCAAGUUCAAUAUUGGCAUCCUUGAAGAAGUAAGGGUUCCACAAGGGAAUGGUCUGUAUGUAUAACAUCCAUGCUUUUUCUCUCCUUCCCUGUAGAGGUUUCAGUGUAAAAAAAUCAAUCUUGUAAAUUACCACGUAUUAUAAUAAAUUAUCCAUGUAAAUUA